AUGCAAAACGUACCACAACAAAAGACACAAGAGGUCGACAUGGCCAGUAUACCUACGGAAGGAAGGCCGGUUGUACCGGAGCGGAGGUAUAUGUACUGCUUGAGGGAAUGGUUCGCUUUCGUUCAGGAGAAGGAACUGCCCACCCUUGUCUCACCCCAGACUGCCACCGCUUUCAUGUGGGAAAGGGUUUUCGUCAAAUCCAGCCACUCCUACAAAUCGACGAUCCCCACUGUUGAUCAAACUGGAGGCAACGAUGGCAAGUCCGAUGCCGAUGGCAAUUCCAAUACAACUAAUGGCAAACGCAAACGAGCAUCCAAGAAGCAGGCGUCCCAGAGGAAGAAGAAGACUGGGGUCCAGACCACGGCGUCUGAGGGCAACAAGGACAAUGGUGUGAACGCAAUAGUGCGAGACGCCAAUCUUGAUCAACUGACGGAUGAGGACCUGGCUGCCGUCACUGAGGUUCAUGUCUUGUCUAGGACGCUCAUGGCGGGGGGAGUCCUAGCCUUCGAUGGACCGGCCGACCAGACAAUAGAGCUUGAUCUUGAAAGAGAUGCCACUAUUGAGCACAUGCUGCGCUGUCAGUUAACCCCCAGUGCACUGGAUGUGUACAUGUCAGCUCUCAUCAAUCUCUGGAGGCAUCAAGUCGACCACGAGGAUAACCCCCACCCCACCCCUCGAUCAAGCCUCUACUCAAAGCUGCUCAAGGCCUACAGGCAGCUCCAUAUCAGGAAGAGGAAAGCCAACCACGAGGAUGAAGGGAAGGGCUCUGACGGCGACGGCAUCCAGAGCCGAAAGCAAUUGGCGGAUAUCCGCCAAGCAUUCUUCUGCAAGGGCACCUUGGACGGUCUUCGGGACCUGGCCGCGUUCGACUGGGGACACGGGGGUCUUCUGCGAGGUGACAGCCAGAGGGAGCUGCAGAUCUCGGACAUGGGCGUGCAAUACUUUGAGGACAGCGCCAUAAGUGGCCCAACCCCUGCGGUCGCGUUCUCGUGCCGAAUAACAUCAUCCAAGACAAACAAAACGAUGCAGCAGGUGGGGAUGUUUCGUGCCCGAGAUUGGAAGGGUUGCCCUGUUGGCGGUCAGGCUAUGUACUGGUUCAGCCGGCUACAUUGCUCCACCGCCAGAUGCCCUCAUAGCGACACUUCGUUCCCCGAUCUCUCGCAGAGGGGCCAUUGCAAAAAUGCCUACCUGACUGCAGGCGUCCAAAGUCGUUUAUACACCCACGACGGUCGCCGGUUCGGAGCUCGUGUGGCCAUCAAGAGUGGCGCUCCGGAUAGACAGGUCGAACGUUUGAGCCCAUGGGCUUCAGACGUCAAGGACGUCCAGUAUCUGGAUGUUCUGCCUGAACACGCCAUGCGCGCCCUUGCCGGUCACCCCCCACACCAGGGUACGUUCUUCUUGGCCCGAGCUGUCCAAGUGCCCCGGGAAUUAAUGGAGAUGGUCUUCCCAAUGGUGGAGGAAUGGCUGGACCAUUUCUCCUCCCCUGGCCACAUCAACUCCGACAUUGCAGCUGUCCAGUGGCUGCAGUACCUGAAGGAGCUCCGGCUAGUCUUUCUCCAGGACAUUCCUCACUGGAGGCAGCUCUACCCAGAGCACAUAAUCUUUCAACAUCCCAUCUUCACCGACCCCGACUCUCCCUAUCACGCCUAUGAGAAGGACGCCCUCGCGUCCACGCUCAGUCGUGACCACGAACAUCCCCUACGUGAUGCUAGCGAUGCUGCUAGGUCCCAGCACAUUCUGGAACAGGUGAAUCGUAACACACACAGGCUCAAAGAUGUCUCCCAGGCUGUGCAAGACCUUCUGGAAGAGGUGCGGGAGGUGCAAGAGGAUGUCGAUCAGAUACAUGGGGCGUCACUGGACACCUGUAUGUCUGUCCAGAAGGUGCAGCAAACUCUGGUGAGCAAAGUCAAUGAAAUGGCGAAGGCGCAGGACCAGAUCCGGGAGGGGCAGGUCCAAAUAAGAGACAUGGUGCUAGGUGUAUGCCAAAGCAUAAUUCGGAGUCUCUCCGGACCCCAGGAUGAUGCCGUGGCCCAGCUCCGCGGGCCUUUUGCAUCUGCUUCUUUCCUUGUCUCCCAGCUGCCGGUCGACGGAGCUGUAUCUGGUCAAGCAUCCUCAGGGUCUGGGCCAGGGUCGUCCUCUGGUGCCGCUGCUGCUGCUGAGGGCAGCCCGCCUCCAGCAGCGGCCACGUCUGUCCCCACAUCUGUCUCCGCGUCUGUCCCCACCACGUCUGGACCUUUUGCGCCGGUCGUAAAAGGAUUUAUAUCCAGAAAGGUCAACAAUUUUGUGGACGCUAUGACAGAGUGGGAGACAGGUCUUGCCGGUCAACCCUCAAUCAAGGAGCGAUUCCCUCGCACCUUCCAUUGGGCCAAUAUUAUCAAGCGAACCUUUAUCGUCCAGCCGGACCGGAUAAUUGACCACCGACGUAUCUACCUUGCCCUCGUCCGCCCUCGCUCCUCUGCUCUGUUUGUUGCUCUCAUAUUACUCUGUCAUCGCUCUCGUGUUACUUUCGUAUGA